ACUACCAACCACUCCUAUCAGCUUCCCUCUCUCUCCCUCCCAUCUCCCUCUAGCCAUGUCUUCUCCACCCUCAUGGCCUCCCCUCUAUCUCCAAUCCCUUUUCCGCCCUUUCUCUCCUCUUCCUCCACCACCCUCACUCGCCGCUCCCUCCUCCUCUCCUCCUCCUUCUCCACCGCCCUCAACACCCCAUCCUUAUCUUCAUCCUCAUUAUCACCCCCACUAGACACCACAAUCACUGACCGCGUCUUCCUUGACUUCUCCCUCUGCCCCACCUACUUCCGCUCUACUGUUACCAACACAUCCACGACCGCCGCCGCCGCAGAUACCCCUCUCUGUACGGACCCUACUCCUUUAGGCCGCAUAGUCCUCGGCCUCUAUGGCAACCUCCUCCCUCUCACAGUCUCCACUUUCAAGCUCAUGUGCACAUCUUCCUCCUACAAAAACACUCUCGUCCACAAAGUAUUUCCAGGACAGUUCUUUCAAGCUGGACGCCAAGGCCGAAGCCGAGAGUACGGCGAGGUCCAUCUCCUUCCUGCCUUGGACUUGCCUCUGAACACCGAGACUGUUGACUCUAAGGCCUUCUUGCUUAGACAUUCAAGGGCUGGCGUCGUUUCGCUUUGUUUAUCAGAGAACGAUGAUGAUGAUGAGGUUAAGCUUGGUUCUGAUUAUAGGAAUGUUGAGUUCUUGAUCACUACAGGGCCUGGUCCCUGCCCUCAGCUGGAUAAUAACAACAUUGUUUUUGGGACAGUGCUUGAAGGUUUGGAUGUUGUGACAGCAAUCGCUUCCAUCCCAACCUACAAACCUUCUGAAAGAAUUCGCCUACUAAAUGACUUGGCUGAAUUUUUUGGAGAUGAAAGAGCACAGAAAGGUCGCACGUUAUGGAACAGGCCCCUUAAAACUGUUUACAUCAGUGACUGUGGAGAGGUCCAAGUUACAAAGCCUUCUAUGUCACCUACUCUGCCGUAAGAAACAAGUAAUAUAUUCAUUCUUUAGCCUCCCCUUUUGCAUGUUCAAACUCUCGUCGUGUAACUUGUCCGAUCUUGCCGGAAAAUUUCGUACCAAUAUCUAUGCAUGAAAGAAAGAGAGAAAAGUAUUGCCCUUCAAACUUCAAACUC